CUCCGGGCCUCCGCCUUGACGCUUCCCGGGCCGGAGCCGAGCCGAGGAGCCGGAGCCGGAGCCGUGGAGACGUGGGAAACAUGGAGGCUUGAGGCGGGGUGCGCCAUUCCGGCUGCGGCGUGACCGAGGCUCGUCGUGUCCCCGCUGUUACCCGACCGUCUGUCCGUGCGGUGAAAGCGGAUCUCCCGCCGGCUGAGGCAGGUUGUUUUGUGGAAAUGAAGGUUUAAGGACAAGUUAUCCAACAGAUUAAAAGAUGGGAUCAAACAGUAGCAGAAUUGGUGAUCUUCCUAAAAAUGAGUACUUGAAAAAGUUAUCAGGCACAGAAUCUGUCUCUGAGAAUGAUCCGUUCUGGAAUCAGCUUCUGUCAUUUUCUUUCCCUGCACCAACAAGCAGUACUGAGUUGAAGCUCCUAGAGGAGGCAACCAUUUCAGUCUGCAGGUCUUUAGUUGAAAAUAAUCCUCGAACAGGAAACCUUGGUGCACUAAUUAAGGUCUUCCUUUCUAGAACCAAAGAACUAAAACUUUCAGCAGAAUGUCAGAACCACAUCUUCAUCUGGCAGACACACAAUGCUUUGUUUAUUAUUUGCUGUUUGCUGAAAGUGUUCAUUUGUGAGAUGUCAGAGGAAGAGUUACAACUUCAUUUUACUUAUGAAGAAAAAUCUCCUGGCAGUUACAGUUCUGACUCAGAAGAUCUUUUGGAAGAAUUGCUCUGCUGUUUGAUGCAGUUAAUCACUGAUAUUCCACUCUUGUAAGUUCUGGCUAAGCCAGGAUUACU